AUGUACUCAAACACCACGCUGACUGCCGACCAGAUUCGGAACAUUUUCCUCGAUUUCUUCAAGGAAAAGCAGCACCUGUACGUGCACUCGUCGUCGGUCAUUCCGCUCGACGACCCGACGCUGCUGUUCGCGAACGCCGGGAUGAACCAGUUCAAGCCGAUGUUCCUCGGUACGGUCGAUCCGGCAAGCGAAAUGGCACGCUGGGUGCGUACGGCCAACACGCAAAAGUGCAUUCGUGCCGGCGGCAAGCACAACGAUCUGGAUGACGUGGGGAAGGAUGUGUACCAUCACACAUUCUUCGAGAUGCUGGGCAACUGGUCGUUUGGCGAUUACUUCAAGCGCGAGAUCUGCACCUGGGCCUGGGAGCUGCUGACCGAGCGGUUGCGUCUGCCGAAGGAACGGCUGUACGUGACGUACUUCGGGGGCCAUCCGGAGUCGGGGCUGGAGCCGGAUUUGGAGUGUCGUCAGAUUUGGAUCGAGCUGGGCAUUCCGGAAGCGCACGUCCUGCCGGGCAGCAUGAAGGACAACUUCUGGGAGAUGGGUGAAACGGGCCCGUGCGGACCGUGCUCGGAGCUGCACUUCGAUCGGAUCGGUGGAGGACGGAGCGUACCGGAGCUGGUGAACCAGGACGAUCCGGACGUGCUGGAGAUCUGGAAUCUCGUGUUUAUCCAGUUUAAUCGCGAGCAGGACGGAUCUCUGCGUUCGCUGCCGAAGAAACACAUCGAUUGCGGGAUGGGCUUCGAGCGGCUGGUGUCGGUGAUACAGGACAAGCGUUCGAACUACGACACGGACGUGUUUGUGCCACUGUUUGAUGCGAUCCAGGCCGGAACGGGAGCACCGGCAUACCGGGGUCGAGUGGGAGCCGAGGACGCCGAUGGAGUCGAUAUGGCAUACCGGGUGUUGGCUGACCAUGCCCGGACGAUCACGAUCGCACUGGCGGACGGUGGUUUCCCGGAUAAUACUGGCCGGGGGUACGUGCUACGGCGCAUUCUGCGUCGCGCAGUUCGUUAUGCAACGGAGAAGUUGAACGCCAAGCCGGGAUUCUUCGCGACACUGGUCGACACCGUCGUGCAGUUGCUUGGGGACACAUUCCCCGAGGUACGCCGUGAUCCGCAGCACAUUAAAAACGUGAUCAACGAGGAGGAGGAACAGUUCCUGAAGACACUAUCCCGUGGCCGUAAUUUGCUCAAUCGAACGAUCGCCAAGCUGGGCGACAGCACCACGAUCAUUCCGGGAGAUGUAGCUUGGCGGCUGUACGAUACGUACGGCUUCCCGAUCGAUCUGACGCAGCUAAUGGCGGAGGAGAAAGCGAUGACGAUCGACAUGGAUGGGUACGAAAAGGCCAAGCACGAAUCGUACAUGAUUUCGCAGGGCACCGAGAAGGCCCAAACGGCCACGAUCGAUCUCGAUGUGCACGCAAUCUCGGAACUGCAAAGUCGUCCGCUGGCCCCGACCGAUGAUGGGACAAAGUAUCGGUACCGCGCGGAGAGCACCGACCCACUGGCAGAGUACGUGUUUGACCCGUGCCGGGGCCGUAUCGUUGCCUUGCGGUGUGACGGAGCGUUCGUUGAGGAGGUACACGCUGGCCAGGAGUGUGGAGUGAUUGUCGAUCGGACAAACUUUUACGCCGAAAGCGGAGGACAGAUCUACGAUCAGGGUUUCCUGGUGAAGGUCGGCGACGAGAGCGGAAGCGAGCUAAUUGUGACGAUGGUGUACAACCGGGGCGGAUACAUACUGCACAUCGGAGUGGUCGAGGGAACGCUGCGUGUCGGUGACGAGGUAGAUUGCCAUAUCGACACGGUGCGCCGCCAGUUGACGAUGAAGAACCACUCGGCCACGCACGCCCUGAACCACUCGCUGCUGCAGGUACUGGGGCAGGACACGGACCAACGGGGAUCGUUGGUGGUGCCGGAGAAGCUGCGAUUCGAUUUCACUGCCAAGGCUGCGCUCACGAUCGAGCAGGUGGCCGAAGCCGAACGUUUGACUCGCGACGUGGUGCGCAAGAACGUGAAGGUACACGCGAAAGAGACAAAACUGGCCGUCGCGAAGAGCAUUCGAGGGUUGCGGUCCGUGUUCGACGAAGUGUAUCCCGAUCCGGUGCGAGUGAUCUCGUUCGGGGUACCGGUUGAAGAUCUGGCCGCCAAUCCGACGAGCGAUGCUGGCGUUCUGAAUUCGGUUGAGUUUUGCGGCGGAACGCAUCUGCACCAGUCCGGUCACAUGGUGGACUUUGUCAUCACGACGGAGGAAGCGAUCGCCAAGGGCAUCCGGCGGAUCGUGGCCCUAACGGGGCCGGAAGCGCUAAAAGCGCUGCAGAAAACGGAAGCCCUCGAGCAGGAAGUGAGUAAGCUGCGAGCCACGAUCGAGAAAAGUACCGGGGCCGGGGCCAAGGAGCACGUGCGGCAGAUUGUGGACCUGACGGAGGACAUAUCGCAGGCCACCAUUCCGUACGUAAAGAAGGACGAACUUCGCACGGUGCUGAAGGGAAUGAAGAAGACGCUCGACGAUCGGGAACGCGCUGCGAAGGCCGCCGUUGCUGGUGAAGUGAUCGAGCGUGCAAAGGAACUGUCGGAAGCACACCGUGAGGCCACAUUUUUGGUGGAACGACUGGAGGCGUACAGUAACACGAAAGCACUCGAUUCGGCACUCAAAGAGGUGCGCAAGGUGAAUCCCGACCAGUCGGCCCUGUUCCUGUCGGUCGAUGAGGACACGCGGAAGGUCUUUUGUCUCGCGUCCGUGCCGAAAACUGCCGUCGAGAAGGGUCUGAAGGCGAACGAGUGGAUCUCGCACGUGGCCACGUUGAUGGGCGGAAAGGGAGGCGGCAAAGCGGAAUCGGCUCAAGCUUCCGGUGGCAACUGGGACAAGGCGGACGAGAUCCUUGAGUUGGCACGCAGCUUCGCCAGCUCAAAGUUGGCUUAAGAAGGCGCAUUUGAAUUUUCAUUCGAGUUUUUAUUACAUUUCCUUUCGAUAAACCUAAUUCGCUACGAAGAUUGCUUAAU